CUAUAACAGUUAUUUAUCCAGUAAGGCCACAACGCCGGUCAACAUUGACAGUCAGGCCCAGCUGGCAGACGAUAUUCUCAACGCUCCCAGACCAGACAUGUUUAAGGAACAACAACUACAGAUCUUCAACCUGAUGAAGUUUGACAGCUAUACUCGCUUCCUGAAGUCCCUCCUGUAUCAGGAAUGUAUGUUAGCGGAGGUGGAGGGGAGGCCUCUACCAGACCCCUACCACAUACCCAGCUCUCCUACCUCCAAACACAGUACCGGGUCAGAUAGAUCCACACCCAAGAAGGAGGACAAGAAGACUAAGUCGGGCCGGUCUCUGAACGAAGAGAGAGAGAGGGAUGAGUGCGGAGGAGAUAAGAAGAAAGGCAUGUUCUUUUCGUGGUCACGGAACCGGAGCUUCGGGAAAGGCCCCAAGAAACGGGAUCUGGCAGACAUCAACUACAACUUCUCGGGCAGUAACGGGCGUCGGGAAUCACAAGGCUCUCUGUCAUCCGGAGCCAGUCUGGAACUGGGAACGUCCGGAUCUGGAAAGAACGAGGGUGGUUCUAUGGAGAGAGACAGAGAGCGAGGCGGUGACUCUGUAACCCUGAGACAGUGUAACAUCAACCUCCCAGAUGGGACAUGUUGCUCUGUGCCGGUCAGAGCUGGGUUCUCCAUCAGAGAGCUGCUGGUGGGUCUCUGUGAGAAACUCUGUAUCAACGUGGCAGCUGUCGACCUCUUCCUAGUCGGAGGGGAGAAGCCUCUGGUUCUGGACCAGGACUGUAUGACUCUGUGCUCUCGGGACCUCAGACUGGAGAAACGGACUCUGUUCAGACUGGACUUGGUUCCUAUAAACAGGUCAGUGGGUCUGAAGGCUAAGCCCACUAAGCCGGUGACGGAGGUUCUGAGACCUGUAGUGGCCAAGUACGGCCUCCAGCUGAACGACCUGGUGGCCCGCAUCAGUGGGGAGAAGGAGCCUCUUGACCUGGGUCUCCCCAUCUCUAACCUGGAUGGACUGAGAGUGGUGCUGGAUGUAGCUGACCACACACCUGGGAAGGACAAACCGAUAGGGGCUCCGUCUAAAACCCAUGCCCCGCCCCCUACGACUAGGAACCAAUCAGCUACGGGGGAUGAGAGGGCGUCAGGGAAGCCCAGCGCGGUGCUCGGCAACGGAAACAAGCCCUCCUCCUCUGCCCGUGACGACCGCCUCUUACCCAGCAGCCACCGCAAGACGGCGGCGCCAAAUAAAGCCCCGCCCACUGAAAAGAGAAAGCAGAAAAAGAUUACUGUAGACGAAGCUGAAGGUAAAACAACGUCCUCCCUCUCCUCCUCUCCUUCAAACCCCUAGCUGUGCUGUCCACUAACUAACACUGUAUUGCUGUAGCAGCAUUGAUGCUGUUGAUGCUCGCUAGCUAGCUGUGUGUAGCUCGUCCAUGUCUCCUCUCCUUCCUAACUCUAGCCUGUAGCUUUGAGAUGUCUAACUGAUUGAUACACUGUCUCCUCUUGCAUGCUGUUGAAAUUAUGAGCUGUGAUAUAUUGUGAUAUAUUGUAAUAUGAGGUAGCGAUAUGAGGUAGAUAUGAAGUAGCGAUAUGAGGUAGCGAUAUGAGGUAGAUAUGAAGUAGUGAUAUGAGGUAGCGAUAUGAAGUAGCGGUA